GUGAAAGGCUGGAACACGGUCAAUCAAGGGUCUAUGAUCAACAGCAAUACGUUCACAACACCCUGGUCAGCGGUGGAUCUCCUCAAUCAAAAUUCGCCUUCGAACACGAACCUACGACCAACAAGGAUUACCCUCAACUUUCCGUCACAGACUCAUCCACAAGAAAAGUCCAUCGGUAGAUUGUUACGCAUCUGCAUCCGAAGCUGGGGGAAUUAGCCUGUUGGAUCACAGGUUUUGACAUGCUACGCGAACCCCUACCGGGGUCAACAACUACACACAAUAGUGGAUCCGCAUCUGUUGUAGAGAGGUGCAGGCAACUGCUAGCGCCUGUUCUUCUCAUGUCUGCCAAAUCUCAAGACUCUUCGACGACUCUCGACAUCACAGCGUGUGCAGCCAUGCUCACCGAUGAUCGUUGCCGCGAGUUUGUACAGCAAGCUAGGGAUAUGAAACUUCAAACGGAUGCCCUUGCUCCGCACCCACCAGAAAACCCCCGAGUUAGCGCUGUCGAUGCACGCAUCAAAAUGGAGGACUUAGAACGCAGCGUGGACAGCCAUGGUGAAUCCACUCGGACUACGCGUGUUUGGCUAGAUUCAGACGCGUUAUCUAUUGGGUCACGGAAGGAUAGCGAAGCCACAUUGGUAGAUUUGCCAAUCGACCACAAGGCUUUCCCACCCCUCCAGGAUUCUAGACACUACUCUGCCAAGAAUAUCACAAUCCCAGUCAAACAGAUCAUGGAACAUGGCGAAGUUACUAAUCUCGCACGACCCAAACUCGGCAAAUGUUCAAACAUCAGCUCUUGCCUCACAUCAGAUGGUUCCAUCGUCGUCGAUUCCUGUGGAAGACAUCGAAAUGAUGACAUCUUCAACACAUCACUCGGCAGACUCAGGACCGUCUCCUACAGAUCACCAGGAUUUAGCAACGUGUUCUUCUGCCGACUCCCAUCCUUCAUCUGUACUGAAAAUUCCGACCCUCUCUACUCCCGGAACCUGGUUCGGGCGCCAGGGUCUUACUCGACCAGGCAUACUUAACAUUCAAUUUGCGGUGAGCGAUAGCAUUAUUCCCGC